UGAACACCGCAUUAGCUUGCUAGAGUGACGUAUGGUACGUGCUACGGUACGCCACUUGUGACCAAGGGGGAAAAGCGCGGACAUUGAGAAUACUGGGGAAAUUGUAGGAACAGGAUCAUAACUUAAUUGAUUGCUGGAACAGAGUCCAAUUUCCUCUUCUCAUGUAAAGGCAUCAGGAAUUGUCUAACAUGGACAGAGAAUUAAGGUCAGGGAAGGAGAUUAAUGAGGACACGGUGCCUCAUCAUGGGGACACAGGACGUGUCUCCACAGAGGAAAUGGAAAGUGGAGGAAUUCCUCCCCUAGCAAAGAGACCCAGGCCUGAUGAUGUCACAGAUGACAGCACGGGAGAGAUUGAGGAGGACACCGGCGGUAAGGUGGCUGAUGGGAAGGAGUCAGACCAGCCCCCUCGGGUUGAGGUGAACAUUACCCCGGAGACAGGUUACGGCUGUGCCUGUCCCAUCUGUGGCUUUGUGGCCAAAACUCCAACUGCCUUGAAGAUUCACUCCAAGAGGAAGCACACCGGUCGAGGAAAGACCAGAGGUGUGAGCUCAGCUGAGGUACUUGUUGAAAUAGAUGGCUCCACAACCGGACCAACAGCACCGACUUCGAAUUACAAGACAGGUGGAGACACUGAGGAGAAAGUGAGCAGCAGUGAAGGACAGCAGGAUGCCACAGAGAGUCAGAGCCAGGGCACAGACCCAGGGGUUUCUGAGGGGGAGGUGACUACAAUAAUAGCCCAAGAGGAAAUUGCUGAGAAACAAGGGACAGGGAGAGAUACUUUUGAUAUGAAGGUGACUACAAUAGCUGCAGAAGAGGAGCAAGAAAAGACCCCCGGUAAGAAGAUGGUAGGUAAACGGGGCCCCAAGCCCAAGACUAUACAUGCUUGCAGCUACUGUGGUCAUGAGUUUAGGGACAAGCCAAGCCUAGAUACACACAUCAAGAGACGCCACACCAAGGAGAUGAAUUACUUCUGUGAGUUCUGCUUGUACGCCUGUGUGGCAAAGUGCGACUACGAAAAGCACUGCCUUAGUAACAAGCACAACAAACGAGUCGCGGAAAGCAGGGAAUCCUCUGGCCUCGCGUCACCCAUGGACAAGAAGACAGCCGAACAGGCUCAAAUCUUUGCCUCCACGACGACUCAGACCCGGGCGUCCAAGCGUGCGCUCGGUGCCAGGUUCCAGCUGCAGUGCGGGAGUUGUGAAUUCAGGGUCAGCAACUCUGCUUUGCUGGAGAGCCACGCUCGGCUAAAGCACCAUGGCAAGCAUCGCUUCCUCUGUAACGUCUGCCACUACUACACCGCUACCUCCGAGUGGAUGGACACGCACGUGUCCUCGGAGAGCCACCAGCGUGUGGCUGAGGAGAAAAACACAGGGUCCUCCUUUGAGGAGUGCGUUGAGAAGGUGAGCAGAGAUUCGAUCGGUGACGACAUGCUGACAGAUGACGUGGCAGUAGGGGUCACCGGACACGAUGGAGAGCUGCACCCUGAUGUUAAUGAGGAAGCUGUUGAGGCUGCGAAAGUCGUGUUGGAGAACAUGGAAGAGCACAUGGACGAGAAAAGCCCCCCCAAGAGGAGGAGAGGCAGGCCAAAGGGGCCCGCUACAACUACAUGUGAAUACUGUGGCCUUCUCGCCUCCAAUAGUACCAAUCUAAACGUGCAUAUUCGUCGUAAGCACAGCCGACAGUACAGCUUCACCUGCAGGCUUUGUUCUUACAACUGUGUGACGAAAGGCGACAUGGACCGACACUGUGUCACAAAGAAGCACCUUAAACGCGUGGAGGAUGCUAGCAGCGAUGGCCAAGUGGACCUGGAUACAUCAGUGCAGGUCGUGAGUAAGGAGUCAGGCUCUCAGGCCAGCGAGGGUGAGGCUAUACAUCAGAAUAGUCCAGUCAGAGCAGGGUCCAUAGGAGAGGAGGGGGCCACGGACAAAACAGGGGAGCUGUCACAAGACGGCGUCAAAGCACAAGUGAGCAGCCCGAAAAAGAGCAAGUACGACUUGGUCAACUCCUGCAGCCAUUGCAGCUUCGUAGCUCAUUCGAUUCCCUCCCUCGACCUCCACGUGAAGAGGAGACACACCCGGGACUUUGAGUUUGUGUGCCUGGCGUGCAGCUACUACGCGGUCACGCGUCGAGAGAUGUCUCGCCACGCCGCCACGGACAAGCAUAAGCAGAAGAGUGAGGUCUACCUAGAGAACCUGGAGAGCUUUGUGGUGGAAGACCUGGCACAGCCGGAGGAGGAGGCCAUGGAGCUGGGGAACAGAGCUGACCCUGAUGCUGACAACAAUGCUCACUCUGAGGAUCCCUCCCCCUCAGUGCCCCCUGACACAGACAUAGACCAGCCCACAGGCACAACUACAGACCAGCCUAACAUUAUAGACACAGACCAACCCACAGACACAGAUACAGACCAACCCACAGAGACAGAGCAGCCCAACAACACAGACACAGACCAGCCCCCUAUCAUCGAUACAGAACAACCCACUUACACAGAUACAGACCAACCCACAGAGACAGAGCAGCCCAACAACACAGACACAGACCAGCCCCCUAUCACUGAUACAGAGCAACCCACAGACACAGCUACAGAGCAACCCACAGACACAGCUACAGACCAACCCACAGACACAGCUACAGACCAGCCCACAGCUACAGACCAGCCCACAGACACAGCUACAGACCAGCCCACAGACACAGCUACAGACCAGCCCACAGGCACAGCUACAGACCAGCCCACAGACCAGCCCACAGACACAGCUACAGACCAGCCCACAGCUACAGACCCGCCCACAGACACAGCUACAGACCAGCCCACAGACACAGAGCAUAUUACCACUAACCCCACACAGACUUCUGACGUUUGGAGCAAUGAGCAUGCAGCCACAAUAGUGGAAGUUAGUGGCACUGUUGUUGAGGAAAACACAGAGAUCCAGGUGGCUGGUGAGGCGUCCGGUGGUGGCUCAGAACAAACCAGCAACGAAGCUCCAGGUACGAUGGAGCCUCAGGAAGCACCAGCAGAAAUCACCAUAACACCGCCUGAGGAAGGCCAGAAGGAAGGGGCCGAACCCGAGGCGGAACCAGAGCUAUUCUGUUCAGACGACGACGUUGAGAUGGCUGAUGAGAAACCUGACAUCUCUUCCCCAGAGAAACAGCUCACCAGGGCGCUGCCGUUCGACGCUUGCAUCAUACCUCUCAAGUCCUUGACUGAAGCCGAGCUGGCUUUGCAUGAAGAACGCAUGGCUCACUCUGUUGAGGGCCACUCUGGCCUGGCUGUAAGUGGCCUGGCCGGGGCGGGCAGUUUUCAGAAGAUCAAAAGAACCAAACCUGUAGGGUCUUCAGGUCUGUCCAAGGGGUUAACUCCCAACCCCCGCAUCCGCUGCGAGGACUGUGGCUUCGUGGCGGACGGCAUGAGCGGCCUCAAUGUGCACAUCUCCAUGAAGCACCCGUCCAAGGAGAAGCACUUCCACUGCAUGCUGUGCGGCAAGUCCUUCUACACGGAGAGCAACCUGCACCAGCACCUGACCAGCGCCGCCCACCUGCGCAACGAGCAGGCCAGCAUCGAGGAGCUUCCGGAGGGCGGCGCCACCUUCAAGUGCGUGAAGUGCACGGACCCGUUCGAGACGGAGCAGGAGCUCUUCGUGCACAUCAAGGAGAAGCACGAGGAGCUGUUGCGCGAGGUCAACAAGUACGUCCUGGAGGACACGGAGCAGAUCAACCGCGAGCGCGAGGAGAACCAGGGCAGCGUGUGCAAGCACUGCGGCAAGGUGUGCAAGAGCAGCAACUCCAUGGCCUUCCUGGCUCACAUCCGCACACACACAGGAUCGAAGCCAUUCAAGUGCAAAAUCUGCAACUUUGCCACCGCCCAGCUGGGUGACGCCAGGAACCACGUGAAGAGACACCUGGGCAUGAGAGAGUACAAGUGCCACAUCUGUGGGUGA